AUGCCGCGAGAGCUAAUUACCAUUCAGGUUGGCCAAUGCGGCAACCAAAUUGGGAUGGAGUUCUGGAAGCAGCUGUGUGCAGAGCACGGCAUUAGUCAGGAGGGCCUGUUGCAACCCGCCGCGAUCGGCUCGGAAGACCGAAAAGAUGUCUUCUUUUACCAAGCAGACGAUGAACACUACAUUCCUAGAGCUCUCCUCUUCGAUCUUGAGCCUAGAGUAAUCAACACCAUCCAGACUUCCGAAUACCGUCAUCUCUACAAUCCAGAGAACUUCUUUGUGUCUAAGGACGGAGGCGGAGCGGGAAAUAACUGGGGAAGCGGGUAUGCCCAAGCGGCUAAGGUGGAGGAGGAACUGCUGGAAAUGAUCGAUAGAGAAGCGGACGGCAGCGAGAGUUUGGAGGGAUUUGUCCUCUGUCAUUCCAUCGCUGGAGGAACUGGCUCAGGGAUGGGGUCGUACUUGUUGGAGUUGCUUGGCGAUCGGUAUGGCUCGAAGCUUGUGCAGAACUUCUCGGUUUUUCCAGUCCUGGGAGAAGCAGCUAGCGAUGUGGUGGUGCAGCCGUACAACGCGCUGCUGACACUCAAGAGGCUUUGUCUCCAGACCGAUGCCGUUGUUGUACUGGAUAAUCACGCGGUCCACAGAGUUGCCGUUGACAGGCUCAGACUCCCGAAUCCUAGCUUCCAGCAGACGAAUGCUCUCACUACAGUGAUGGAUAUUAUGCGGCGACUCACGCAAUCUAAGAACGUCAUGGUGUCAACUUCUCUCCGUCGCGGUCUGUACAUGUCUCUCUUGAACAUCAUACGCGGAGAAGCAGAUCCGAUGCAGGUGCACAAGAGCUUGCAGCGUAUCCGCGAACGUCAGCUGCUGCAGUUCAUUCGUUGGGCUCCGGCAUCUCCCCAGGUGGUCCUUGCGCGAGCUUCGCCAUUCAGCCCUCAAAAGCACAAAUGUGCUGGUCUUAUGCUCGCCAACCACACUGCAAUCACAACGUAUGAUCGUCUCUACAAACGAAAGGCCUUUCUGGAUAACUACAAACGGCAGCCCAUGUUUAGCAGCGCCGACGGCCUAGGAGAUUUCUCAGAGAUGGAAGACUCAAAGGAACACGUCUUGAGUUUGGUUGAGGAAUAUCGCCAAGCGGAGACUGACGACUUUCUCAGUUUUGGCGAGGUAGCUGCAGCGGCAACUGUGCCUCCACCACUCAUUAGGACUGCCCGCUGUACUGAUAGCGGCAGUGGCAGCACAUCAGACUAA